AUGUCCAUCUAUCAUAUAACAGUUCGAAACUAUCACUGGGCCCAUCAAAACACUGUUGUUCAGUGCCCUGUUCCUAAUCUCGACUCGCCUGUAGAAGACUUAAUUGUUCGACCUCUAGAAGGUGUUAAUCGGAAUGAACCUCGGAUAAUAAGCAGCGUUUCUGCCUUGAACGAUGACAUAUUUGAAGGCGAAUAUCAGGCCGAGGCACACGGUGCAUUCAUCUCAACAGAUCCGGAGAAUAUUGAUCACUAUCCUGUUUGGGCAACCGUCCACGGUCACGAAUGCGGGAAGGACGAGAUUUACGUGGCAAACUUAACAGCAUUCAAGGCCUCUAGCAUUCCUAUAGCGCAUAUUUGCUGGGUUCCCUGCCUAGAAGCACCAGAUGGUAACCUGUAUACAAUCAUCGGUGCCCCACGGCAGACGUUCGGAACCACACGGGUUCCGACCAUUAUCCAGCCCUUAGGAUUUCCAAAGGAGUCCAGGUUGGCUCUUCGCGACCCAGUCGAACUUGAUAGCUACAAGCAGAUCGGGGAUGAUCGAAAGAGGAAUCUAUUCGAGGUGCAACGUACGGCGAUGCGAAGGAAUCGUAGGCCUUCGCCGCUCUUGCUAAACGCCUUUCGCGUAUUUUCUUCGCCUUAUAGACUUGAUCAUGGCCGACUCACCUUGCGGGACAUCAUCGAAAGGGAUCACGGGUCUCCACGAUCGUAUGGCUCCGACAGCAGUUCUCAAACUCUUUCUGAUAGCUCGGACGAUGAUGAUUUUAUCUAUACAAGACCUGCUUAUGCCUCAAUAGUAGACGCUCGGAGUCGCCCGUAUAAAUGCGAUUGCAGAUAUGCUGCUCUUCGUCCUACGUGUUUCAACCCACGCCCAAGCCACCGACAUGUUACGGACAAUGAGUGUUGUCUAGGCUCAAGCCAUAUAAAGCACUGCAUAUAUGCGGACCACGCGCCAACCCAGUGCCUCGUUUCCAGUUCGAAGGAGCAGCACAGACAUUGCAUCCCCAUCCCCUUGUGGCAGAAAUUGCAGUCUCAAUUCGAUGUGUCUUGCGGAGAAUCUACCUGUCUCGAAGAUGACGUCGUGUUUAGAGAGCCAGACGUGGCCACAAAUGAUGCCUUGAGUCCUAUGGAAUUCGAACCAACGAUCGCCGACGUUUCUUUCGUGGAUGCUCAGGUUUAA